GCACUAUUGUUCCCAGCAGCCGGGAGGAGGGUUGGUUAAAAAAAAAAACCAAAAAACGCACACCGGUCCCUUGAACAGCAUUUGGUGUCACACAGCAGCCUGGACAUGGAGGACAAAGCCAGACUGAGGAGGCGUGAGGGAGGGAUGUUGCUUUAAUUGACUGGCUGCACAACCACAUGCAUGGUGCAGAUGUGUGGAGGCCAUGAGCGGAAUACUGAAGAGGAAAUUCGAGGAGGUGGAAGCCUCCUCCUCCCCGUGCUCUUCCUUAAGGGAAUCUGAUGAUGAGGUGUCCUGCAGUGAGAGCGGGAAUAGCAGCGACAGCGUCAACCCGUCUGCUUCUGGCCCUUUCACCCCGGGCUCCAUCCUGAAGAGGGAAAAGCGUCUUUGCACGAGGAGGGUGCACUUCGAGAAAGUGACGGUGUACUACUUCAGCCGGCGCCAGGGCUUCACCAGCGUACCCAGUCAGGGCGGCAGCACGCUGGGAAUGUCCAACCGACACAGCUGGGUCAAACAGUUCUCCCUCGGGGAGUUUGCCACUGAGCAGGAGAGGCUCCAUAGAGGCAUGCUGAGAGAGCACCUGAAGGAGGAGAAACUCAACUCCAUCAAAGUCAAGUUGACCAAGAACGGCACAGUUGAGUCCGAAGAGGCCAACACUCUCACCGCCGAGGACAUUUCCGAUGACGACAUCGACCUGGACAACACGGAAGUGGAUGAAUACUUCUUCCUGCAGCCACUCACAACUAAAAAGAGGCGGGCUCUGCUGCGCAGCUCGGGCGUGAAGAAGAUUGACGUGGAAGAGAAGCAUGAACUUCGGGCCAUCAGAAUGUCCCGGGAGGACUGUGGCUGUGAUUGCAGGAUCUUCUGUGAACCUGAGACCUGUGCCUGCAGCAACGCAGGAAUCAAGUGCCAGGUGGACCGCAUGUCCUUCCCGUGCGGCUGCACCAAGGACGGCUGCAGCAACUCCAGCGGCAGGGUGGAGUUCAACCCCAUCCGAGUGCGGACACACUUCCUGCACACCAUCAUGAAGCUGCAGCUGGACAAGAGUCGUGAGCAAGAGCAGGCUCCCCCCGCCAAUGGUUACCACGGCAACGACCCUGUGGAGCAGUCUCAGCACCGGUUGGACUUCGCUUUGCCCGACGCCGUCACUCAGAGCGCCGGCGAGAUGGAGGAGCCGCUGGAGGAUGAGGAUGAGGAUGAGGAGGAUGAGGAUGAUGAUGAGGAGGAGGAGGAGGAAGAUGAGGAAGAGGAGGAGGACAGCAGCAGCGUUUUCAGCUGCAUUUCUGAUUCCAGCACUCACAGUUUAGCCAACAGUGACUCAGAGGAGGAGGAGGAGGAUGAUGAAGAGGAGGAGAGGUCAGACUCGGGUCACAGCGAGGUGGUGCCCUUGACCCCCCUGCUGGGUUACGUCAGCACUUACCUAACAAACUCUUCCCCAGGUGACUACUAUCAGCUGGGGGCUUCUAGCUCCGCCCCUAACGGCCAACCAGCUGAAGCCCGCAUGACCUCAUUCCAAGAGCCAAUCAGCCCAGGUGUGUUCUCCAAUCAGCCCGUGGAUCAAUACCCUCAAGUCUCCACCCGUGUCACACCCCAGCAGGACCAGCUGUCCAGAGUCUCCACCCGUGUCACACCCCAGCAGGACCAGCUGUCCAGAGUGGACUUCAUGGACCCGCUAGAGAACCAGACGCAGUUUCACAACUUCUUCAACAACAACACGCAGCCGAACAACAUCAACACACAGGAGCCGACACCGUUACACAACAUGAACACACGUGAGCCGACACAGCCGCACAACAUGAACACACAUGAACCGACACAGUUACACAACACAAACACACAUGAGCCGACGCAAUUGUAA